AAGAAAAAAAAAGACAAAAUCAAAGCCCGGGUCAUAUUUUACUGUAUAUCCGGGUCGGACUUUGUCUGCUCAUCUUCCUUUAGUCCACUACGUUUCCUUUCUCUCUCUUCUCUCUCUCUCUCUCAUGUGAUCAAUUUUACCUUUUUGCAAUGGCAAACGGUCCAAAAACCCAAAAUUGAACGCAUAUUAUCAACAACCGACUAUCAUUUCUCUUCUCAUUCCGCCAUUUUGUAAACCCUAGAAACUCGCAAUUGACUGAUUGUUUACUGUCAGUGCCUCUUUGAUUUUGUCCAGUGAUUUUUCUCAGCUUUUUUUUUUUUUUUUUUUUUUUAAUAUACUGUUGGAUUGCGGUGAGGUCAAACCCUCUCCAGCUGGGGUUUCCGAUUGCUCGCGGUGUUUUGAUCUGUGUUGGUUGACUUGAUACGGUUGCAUUGUGGCGGAGAUUACCGAGCGAGCUGUGAAGAUCUGUUAGCUGAUUGGGUCAAAUUCAGGUGAGGUUUUGGCAAAAUUGAAUUGUCGAAAGGGGGGGUUUUGGUGCCCGAUCAGGGGGGAAAACAGCGCCAUUAGAUGGCGCUGUUUAGAAGAUUCUUCUACCGGAAGCCGCCGGAUCGGUUGCUCGAGAUCUCUGAGAGGGUCUACGUGUUUGAUUGCUGCUUCUCCACCGAUGUACUCGACGAGAACGAGUAUCGAACAUAUAUGAACGGGAUUGUCGCACAGCUACAAGAACACUACCCGGAAGCUGCUUUUAUGGUUUUCAAUUUCAAAGAAGGAGAAAGGAGGAGCCAAUUAUCCGAUGCGUUAUCUCAGUACGACAUGACGGUAAUGGAUUACCCUCGUCAGUACGAAGGGUGUCCACUGUUACCUUUAGAAAUGAUCCACCACUUUUUACGAUCGAGUGAGAGCUGGUUAUCGCUCGAAGGACAACAAAACGUGCUUUUAAUGCACUGCGAAAGGGGAGGUUGGCCCGUGCUUGCCUUUAUGCUCGCUGGACUUCUUCUGUACAGGAAACAGUACAAUGGUGAACAGAAGACUCUUGAAAUGGUAUACAAGCAGGCAUCGAGGGAGCUUCUUCAUAUUCUAUCUCCUUUGAAUCCUCAACCAUCUCAGCUCAGAUAUCUUCAGUACAUAGCUAGAAGAAACAUUGGUUCGGAUUGGCCACCCUCAGAUACACCUCUGGCUUUGGACUGUAUUAUACUUAGGACCCUUCCUUUAUAUGACGGUGGAAGAGGAUGUCGACCAGUAAUUCGGGUGUAUGGUCAGGAUCCUUCUUCGAAAACAUCCAGCAGAAGUUCUAAGCUUUUGUUUUCGACUUCGAAAGUGAAAAAGCGUAUCCGUUUCUAUCAACAGGAAGAGUGUGAACUAGUGAAAAUUGAUAUACAUUGCCGUGUUCAAGGAGAUAUUGUUCUUGAGUGCAUCCAUUUGGAGGAUGAUUUUCUGAGGGAAGAGAUGAUUUUUAGAGUUAUGUUUCAUACGGCCUUUGUCCGUUCAAAUGUCUUGGUGCUGAACCGCGAUGAAGUUGAUAUUCUUUGGGAUGCCAAAGACCAAUUUUCGAGGGAUUUCAAAGCAGAGGCGCUCUUUUCAGAUGCAAAUUCUGUUUCAUCUGUUAUCACAGCAGAAGAAGAAGUAAGUGAAGAUGGAAAUGAAACAGAAAGUGCCUCAGCUGAGGAAUUUUUUGAGGCAGAAGAGAUCUUCAGUGCAGUUGAUGGGCACGAUAGCAAGGUGGAUUCUGAUGACAAUACAGUUCGAUCUAUUUCUCAGGACAAUGGAAAUCACCAUGAAGUAGUAGCAGCCUUGAAGGAUGAUUCGGAUCAUCAUGCAUUUGAAGACUGUGCACCAGACGAGGAAAUCCCCAAACAUGACCGCAGAGUGCCCCUAAAUAAUAAUAAUGCUGAAAUUAAAUCUGUUGAUGCUGGUAUGUUGGAUAAGCUUGAAGAAGGAGACAAUAAGCAAAAUGAAGAAGUUCCUCCUGUAAUGAAGAGUACUGAGAAGCAGGGCCAACAACUGAAGUCAACCGCUGAUAAUAAUAAUAAUAAGCAGAAGUUAGAUAAAGGGCUCUCAACUGUCUCGAAAAAGCAGCUAAAUUCCAGUUCAAAAUCUAAGCCACAAGAGUUACAGCCUCCUGUAGCAAGACUAGCAAAGCCAAAUGCUUCAUCUAAGUGGAUACCUACUAACAAAGGUUCUUACUCUAAUUCGAUGCAUGUUUACUAUCCUCCAACGGCUACUCCAUCGAGAUAUAACAGUGCUCCAGCAGCAUUAGCCGUUGGCAAAGAUUCCCCACCUAGAGGAAAAUCUAAGUCUCAAUCUGUUGCUUCCUCUUCAGAAACUUCUGCAUCGGGCCGUCAAAAGUAUGUAUCUUAUCCAUCAUCAUUAGAUCUGUCACCAGCUCAAGAAGCUUCUUCCCCGACUUUGCCUUUGGUAACCCAGGUGGAAUGUGAAGCCCAGGAACUUAGUUCAGCACCUUCACCACCUUCAGCUACGCCGCCGCCGCCGCCACCACCACCACCUCCUCCUCCUCCUCCUCCUCCUCCUCCUGCUUUGAUAUACAAACCUUCGCUACCUACAACUAUUCUUCUGGAUGAAGAAGUAAACUGCCUUUCAUCCGCAACUCCUCCAGUUCCACCUCCGCCUCCUCCACCACCCUUAUUCUCAUCCGCAAGUAGUGCUACUUUCUUGCCUUCAAGAUCAUUUCCACAACCUCCACCUCCACCCCUAUCCCCACCACCACCAUCUUCUCAGAGUGCUAGUUUUUCCAAGUUAUUGCCUGCGCCUCCGCCUCCACCUCCACCUCCGCCUCCUUUUACCCCAUCUACUGGUACAAGCUUGAGACCAACUGUGCAGAAAACCAUUCCUCCACCUCCACCCCCACCCUGGUCAGCAGUGAGUUCUAUGCUUGCACCUGCAAGUUCUUUUCCUAUUCCACUUCCACCCCUUACUCAUGCAUCUUCUUUACCCUCUCCCAGCAUGGGAAAACCCCCUCCACCUCCACCACCGCCACCACCUCCACCUUCUGCACAUGGGGAUUCUUUUUUUCAUUCGCAUAGCCCUUCACAACCUCCUCCUCCCCCACCACCUCCCUCGCAUGGUGGACCACCUGCUCCUCCUCCACCUCCCAUUUAUGGAGUUUCUUCUUUUCCUCCGCAAAACUCUAGAACUCCAUCAGCUCCUCCCCCUCCCCCACCUCCUCCUCCUCGUGGUCCACCUCCACCACCGCCACCUCCUUCUUUUGGUGCAAUUCCUCAAGCCCCCCCUGCUCGUGGUCCACCUCCACCACCACCGCCACCUCCUUCUUUUGGUGCACUUCCUCAAGCCCCACCUCGUGGUCCACCUCCACCACCACCGCCACCUCCUUCUUUUGGUGCACUUCCUCCAGCCCCGCCUCGUGGUCCACCUCCACCACCCCCUCCUCCUUCUUUUGGUGCACUUCCUCCAGCCCCUCCACCUCCUCCCUUUCGUGGAGCUCCACCACCUCCACCGCCUCCCAUGCGUGGCCCCCCAGCACCUCCUCCCCCACCUUCAGUUGGUGGCCCUCCACCACCUCCACCUAUAAGAGGAGCACCACCUCCACCACCUCCUCCUGGAAGUCGUAUACCUGGCCCACCUGCACCUCCAGAACCUCCUAGACCUCCUGGAGGUGCACCACCUCCACCACCUCCUCCUGGAGGCCGUGCACCUGGCCCACCUCCACCUCCGGGACCUCCUAGACCUCCGGGAGGUGGACCACCUCCACCUCCUCCAUUGGGUGCGAAAGGACCUGGAGCAGAUGGCAGAGGCUUGCUCUCUGGUAGAGGACGUGGGCUUUCACGUCCUGGGAUGUCAACUGCUGCAGCACCUCGAAGAUCUACCAUGAAGCCCCUUCAUUGGAGCAAGGUGACCAGAGUAAUACAAGGAAGCUUGUGGGAAGAAUUGCAGAGAUAUGGGGAAGCGCAAGUGUCACCAGAAUUUGAUGUAUCGGAGCUUGAGACUCUUUUCUCUGCUAUAGUACCAAAGUCAGAUACUGCAGGUGGAAAAUCUGGAGGACGCCGAAACUCUACUGGAUCUAAGCCUGAAAAAAUCCAUCUGGUUGACCUAAGGAGAGCUAAUAACACUGAAAUUAUGCUCACAAAGGUGAAAAUGCCACUUCCUGACAUGAUGGCUGCAGCACUUGCAAUGGAUGAAUCAAUACUGGAUGCUGAUCAAGUAGAAAAUCUCAUUAAAUUUUGUCCAACUAAGGAAGAGAUGGAGCUUCUUAAGGCCUACACGGGUGACAAGGAGAAUUUGGGGAAGUGUGAACAGUUUUUCAUGGAGCUGAUGAAGGUGCCACGAGUCGAAUCUAAAUUAAGGGUUUUCUUAUUUAAGAUCCAAUUCAUUUCUCAGGUUUCAGAUUUCAAAACGAGCUUGAACACUGUAAUUUCUGCUUGUGACGAGGUCCGAAAAUCUUUCGAACUGAAAGAAAUCAUGAAGAAUAUUUUAUAUCUUGGAAAUACAUUGAAUCAAGGAACUGCCAGAGGUGCUGCUCUUGGAUUCAAAUUAGAUAGUCUUUUGAAACUCUCUGAUACACGUGCAUCCAAUAGCAAGAUGACACUCUUGCAUUAUCUUUGUCAGGUGCUUGCCUCACAUAAACCAGCUCUUUUAAACUUUCAUCAACAUCUUGUUAGCUUGGAAGCUGCCUCGAAGAUACAACUGAAAUCUUUGGCAGAAGAAAUGCAAGCCAUUAUCAAAGGUUUCGAGAAGGUGAAACAGGAAUUUGACGCAUCGGACAAGGACGGGCCUGUAUCUGAAACGUUUCGCAAGACAUUGAAGGAAUUUAUCGGUAUUGCUGAGAAUGAAGUGUCCGCUGUAACAAGUCUAUAUUCCGAUGCGGGACGAAAUGCAGAUGCACUGGCUCUAUAUUUUGGUGAAGAUCCUGCGAAAUUCCCAUUCGAGCAAGUUACUGCGACCCUCUUGAACUUUGUGAGGUUGUUCAAGAAAGCUCAUGAAGAAAAUUGCAAGCAAGCUGAAGUAGAAAAGAAGAAAGCUCAAAAGGAGGCCGAAAUGGAGAAUGCAAAGGGAAUGAGUACGCCAAAGAAAGGCUCAAGAAGCUGAGAAUUGAAUAAUUCUCAAAAGGCAGAUAUCUCCGGUCCUCACAGACACUGCAGGAUUGACCAGCCAAACAGGCCCUUCACCUUUUGCUGAAUAUUUUGGCAAUACGUUAUCAGAAAACGGGGUUCUGUCGAGCUUUACAAAACCAGAAGUUCUCUGCAGAGAAGCCAAUUUGGAGAAGUGCUUUUCGGAGGAGAUGAGUUAUCAGAGAUAUAUGUGUAUUGUGCUGUCAUAUAUAUCUGGAGAGAGUAUUGCAAGCAGGAUAAAAUAAUCCGGUGAGUUUGGCUCAUUAUUGUGAAGAAAUACCACUUGAAACUGUAAAUCUUUUCGCCAGAAUGUACCACGGCAAUCUGUACAGAGUCUAACAUGUAUUUAGAUUACCACUAAUUCUUUGUUUUAGCAUAUAAAUUGGUUUGGUUCCUUUGUAAUAGUCGGGUUUGAGUUUGUAACCGUUCCUGCUGUUUAUUGUAUAGAAUAGGAAUUAUAGAGGGUAGAUAGAGUGAAAUAGGAUGUGUUAGUGGAUAGUGUUGUAGUCGAGGUAUAUAUUUUUAGUUUUAGAAUUUUUGAUUUUCGGGGGAAUACUCGAAUCUCUAGUGUACUGUUCAUUCAGAUACGGUUCUUAGCUUUUAUCAACAAAAACAACAAAGAUGUAAUAUUUACAAAAACUCGAUUUUGUAUGCAACUAAUUUUGUUGUGU